AUGGAAGUGGUACCCCCAACUGUGGGGAAGGAAGGUGAGGAGUGGGAGGUGGAGCUCCCUUUCGAGGGGAAGAAAGAGGAGCGCGAGGAGGAGUUGGAAGUGGUGCCCCUAAUUGUGGGGAAGGAAGGCGAGGAGUGGGAGAGGGAGGAAGAAGUGGAGCGCGAGCAGGAGCCCCCAUCCGAGGAGGAAGAGGCGGCGUUGGAAGUGGUGCCCCCAAUUGUGGGAAAGGAAGACUUGGAGUGGGAGGUGGAGCUCCCUUAUGAGGGGAAGGAAGAAGGGGAGCGUGAGAAGGAGCCCCGAUCCAAGGAGAAAGAGGAGGAGCUGGAAGUGGUGCCCCCAAUUGUGGGGAAGGAAGGCGAGAAGUUGGAGCAGGAGCUCCCUUUCGAGGAGAAGGAAGUAGGGGAGCGCGUGGAGGAGCUCCCAUCCGAGGAGGAAGAGGAGGAGUUGGAAGUGGUGCCCUCAACUGUGGGGAAGGAAGGUGAGGAGUGGGAGGUGGAGCUCCCUUUCGUGGGGAAGGAAGAAGGGGAGCACGUGGAGGAGCCCCCAUUCGAGGAGGAAGAGGAGAAGUUGGGAGUGAGGGAGGAAGAAGAGGAGCGCGAGCAGGAGCUCCCAUCCGAGGAGGAAGAGGCGGCGUUGGAAGUGGUGCCCCCAACUGUGGGGAAGGAAGGCGAGGAGUGGGAGGUGGAGCUCCCUUCCGAGGCGAAGGAAGAAGAGGAGUCCGCGAAGGUGGAAAAGGAGUUGGAAUCGGUGCUCCCAACUGUGGGGUGGGUAGAGGAGUGGGAGGUGGAGUGGCCUUCCGUGAGGGAGGAAGAAGAGGAGCACGAGAGGGAGCACCUAAUCGAGGAGGAGGAAUAG